GCUCGGAACUGGCAACUUGCCUCAGUCCUAGCCUGGGCUCCGACAAAGCCACCAUGAAGUCCGAAGGAAAAUCCAAAACUCCAGUUCCAAAAAAACCUGAAGAGCUCCCGUGGGAUCUCGUCGAUCGUUGCUUCUUGCCAGCCGUGUUUUCACACGCUGCUGCUGUCAUUUUGUCCACAGUAUUAAACACCCUUUACAUAUCUCAAGUGUCUAUGUUCACUCUUUUUUUGUUAUUUUUGGUUAUUAGUGUUGGGUCUACAAUAUUUUACCACAAUUUGAAGGUAACAGCAGCAGGUAAAGCAGUGUUGAUCACAGGUUGUGAAUCGCGCAUAGGUUAUGCCAUCGCUAGGCAGUUGGAUGAUUUGGGGUUCACAGUCUUGGCUGGAUUUCAAGGCAAUGAUGAAAAGGCAUGUAAACUCAAAGAAGAAUCGUCAGGACGACUUCAUGUACUUCAACUUGACACUACCUCUGAAACACAGAUAUUACAAGCUCUUCAAUAUGUGAAAGACCACAUACCCCAAGGACUUUGGGCCCUAGUUAAUAAUGUAUCUUGGGCAGCAUUUGGAGAGAUAGAAUGGGUUCCUAUUCAAGUGUUCAGAAAAUCUACUGAUGCAAACUUCAUAAGCACUGUCAGAAUCACCCAACUAUUUCUACCACAGAUUAGGAGAGCGAAAGGCAGAGUUGUGAAUGUCAUUAGUCUACUGGGACGCAUUGCAGCACCAGCUAAGUCUCCGUUCUGCUCGGUCAAGUUCGGACUGGAAGCCUUCAGCGAUUGCCUGAGACUGGAAAUGCGCCGUUGGGGUGUGGAUGUGGUGGUCGUUGAGCCAGGCAUAGUUACAACAGGAUGUUGGUUUGAAGAGAAAACUGUACUAGAAGAGGCUAAAAAUAUGUGGAAAGAAAUGUCUGAAGAAGUUCGGUUUGAUUAUGGAGAAGAUUAUUUUGAAUAUAAAGUCCGAACGAUGCCAGAAUACAACACGCAAGCAGAGGUAGAUUUGAGUCCGGUAUUGCGUUCUCUGACUGACGCUGUAAGUCGAACAUUUCCCUUGGGUCGAUAUACUCCUGUAACCAGGCAAGAGAAAAUCCAAGCUCUAGUCGCCGACCAUUUGCCUCGAUCAGUAUACGAUAUCAUAUACAAUUAGUUUACCAGAUACACUCGAAGUUUUCUCUGAAGAUGCAGUUUUAUUGUGUUCAUUUACAUUUUAUUUUUGUACUUAAUGAGAUACGUUUUUGUCUCAGUUUGCUGUCAGGUUACAUUUUCUGAAUAAAUCAAAGUAGUAUGAAACUGAAAA